AUUUUGAUUUGGCUUCUGCUGUCUUUCUCUGGUCCUCCCUCGUCAUUCGUCAACCUUAGAAACCCUAACAAUGUCUGGGGAAGAGGAAGAAAAUGCUGGAGAGCUCAAAAUCGGAGACGAGUUCUUGAAGGCAAAGUGUUUGAUGAAUUGUGAAGUUGCAUUGAUUCUGGAACACAAGUACGAGCAGCUUCAGCAGAUGUCUGAGGAUCCUAUGAAUCAAGUUUCCCAAGUUUUUGAGAAGUCACUGCAGUAUGUGAAGCGCUUUAGGCGCUAUAAGAAUCCAGAUGCUGUUAGACAAGUUCGAGAAAUACUGAGUAGAUACCAGUUAGCUGAAUUUGAGCUUUGUGUUCUUGGCAAUCUAUGCCCUGAAACUGUGGAGGAAGCUAUUGCUAUGGUACCUUCUAUCAAGACUAAAGGACGUGCCCAUGAUGACGAGGCUAUUGAGAAAAUGUUGAAUGACUUGUCCCUGAUUAAGAAAUUUGAAUAGUGGCCUUUUCAUCAACAUGCAGAGUCCCCUUGAUGCUUGAAGAGUUAUACUAAGUUUAUCUUUAAUCCUAGGUUACCAAAAUGGUCUAGACUAUAGAGACCCAGCUCUGUGCUGUUGUAAUAUGUAAAAGUAUCAACAUGGAAUAUCUAUGGAAAGGAAUUGUCAUCAGUUACGUGCCACUGUUUUUAGCAUGAAAUGGUUGUGUAUUAGACUCCUCUGCUAAAUGUUAAGAUCUCAUGUUCUUAUUAUUCACCUUUUCAUUUUCCUUU